GUUGUAAAGAAAAUGCAAGGGCGGUUUUGUUUGUUUUUAAGGUUUUUGCAACAAAAAAAAAGGAUUAGGAAAAACUGUAUAUUCAUAGUUUUGUCUAGGUGUAACUGUAGGUUUCGGUAACACAGGCGUGCUCUCGUGUGUAAGCAGAAAGGAGCAAAGAUCAAAAUUAGUUUAGUUUCUUUUCUUUUUUGUGUAAUGAAACGAUGCCUCUUGGUCUGAAGCCAUGUUGUGCGGUCUGCAAGACGAAUUCGUCGUCGAUGUGGAAAAAGGGAAACCAGGGUGAAAUCCUUUGUAACAACUGUACAGCUAAAAGCAACAUCACAGGAGUAUCAGGACUAUUGGUGACCUCCAACACACAGCAGAGCAAUGGUGGGGGCAAGCAGUCUAAACAGGAAAUCCACAGACGAUCAGCACGAUUAAGAAGCACGAAGUACAAGGCUCCUGCAUCCGAGAAGAAAGUUUCAUCAAAAGGGAAAGGAAGACGGCAUAUUUUUAAACUAAAAAAUCCUAUCAAAGCUCCUGAGUCUGUGUCCACCAUAAUCACAUCAGAGUCAAUCUUCUACAAGGGUGUUUACUAUCAGAUAGGAGAUGUGAUAAAGGUAACAGACGAAGAGGAUGGUAAACCUUAUUUUGCACAGAUCCGUGGUUUUGUUCAGGACCAGUACUGUGAGAAAAGUGCUGCAUUAACAUGGCUGAUCCCUACACAGUCUAGUCCAAGAGAUCACUUUGAUCCUGGCACUUACAUAGUUGGUCCAGAAGAGGAUUUGCCCAGAAAAAUGGAAUACCUUGAAUUUGUUUGCCAUGCACCAUCAGAAUAUUUCAAGUCAAGGAGCUCCCCAUUUCCAACAAUACCUAAUCGGCCAGAAAAAGGCUACAUUUGGACCCAUAUUGGACAUACACCCACAAUGGCAGUAAAAGAAACUCUUGGUUGUAAUUAAACUGAAAUCAGUAUUCAAAUAUUGAUUAAGGAAAAAUUUGUAUGUCAAAGGCAAAAGGUUCUUUCUCCUUAAUGUUUGGUUGAACAUUUUGAUGUUCCUUUCAGUAACUGUUUAAUAGUUAGGUUGUUACCAGGUGACGUGAAAACUAUGCUCAUUUCCACCGACAGAUUGUGGAAAGAAUGAUGCUUUGUAUUGUUAAAUGUAACAAGGGUAGUUCUGUAGGGGACCUCAUGAACCAUGACCAUUGUAAAUAUCUAAACGUAAGCAUUGUAAAUAUCUAAAUAGUUGGACAGAUCUCUCUGUUGGAUGUUCAAGAAGAAACAUGUCAUUAUAAAUAAA